GUGUUAAAUGUUAAAACUCGCCUAACCGUUAACUGUUUGGGGGCCGUUCGAUCUGUCAAAUCAAAUGUCAGAAUAUUUUAAGAACAUAACACAUUAGUCAAUAAAUAGAAGGGAUCAUAAACUUUUAAUAAAGUUGCCGCUAUCACUUGAAUUUUCAUUUGUUUGUUAAAUCGAGAACCGCGGUUUAUAUCAGCAAGAAAUGGAUUUAAAUUUUUCCGCCUUUCAAGAGCCCCGUGGGGUAAUGAGAGUUUUACAGUUUAUAUUUUCCAUUUGUGCAUUUGCGACCAUUUGUGGAUAUGACGGCUAUAUCAAAUUUGCAUGUGAUAAAGACGCGAAAAUCGACAUAUCAUAUCCAUUUAUUCUUAUAGACACUGCAAAACUAAAUGUAGCGAACGAAAAUUGUACAGCAACAGUAGGCAAUGAUUUUGCUUCAGAUGCCAGAUUCUUUGUGGCAACUGGAGUUUUGUCCAUGCUGUUUUCUUUGGGGAUAAUUUUUCUUUAUGCGAAAAUGGACGAAGCGUAUAAAACCAAUAAAAAAUUACCGUUAUAUGAUUUUCUUAUUACUGUGUUUUUGGCUGUUUUAUGGCUCUCAAGCAGCGCUGCAUGGGCACAUAGCUUAUCUAGUUUAAAGUCUAUUGCUGCUCAGCCAAUAUUUAACUCGUCCAGUUGCUGUCCUGGUGGAGCGAUAACUAGUAAUUUUUCGUCACUUAAUAUUUCUGUGAUUUUUGGAUUUUUAAACUUUUUCUUGUGGGCUGCGGACUUAUGGUUUCUUUAUAAAGAGACUGAAUGGUUUCAAGGAAACGCACCGCCAACAACUAGUGGAGUGUAAAUAACAUCAGCCAAAGGAAAAACUUAACUGGCAAAUUAUCUGUGACGUAUAUUAGUUAUACCGACUGUUUUGAUGUAGUUAUCGUUUUCAGUCAAAAUAUCUUAACAUUACUUUGCUUCAAAUUCUUCAAUUAUUAUAGUUAUAUUAACCCCAAAGAAUCACAGAUUUUAGCGUCGUUACUAUGUACAAUAUGAGGGUGCAGUAGCGAUUAAAUAAUUAAAUUGAAAGUAAAAAAUUAUAUUAUAUCAUCAAAUAGAAGUAUCAAGUACAACUGAACGUGAGUUAUGCACAUUACGUUUGUUGGUUAAAAGAAGUGUUAAUUUGCUAUUUUGGUUGAGUGUGUUUCGGUUGUCGUACAAAACCUUUCGAAGGGAGAUUUUCUAGGAAUGUUCAAUGUGAGUUAUCAUAAAAAUAAGUUUCCUUCAAUAGUGUGGCAUAGAUCUAAAUAUUUAGUUAACGCAAGAUUUAACUAAUUUGUGUAACAAAUUGGAAUAGAGAUAUUCUAAAAUAGUUUUAAUCUAGCUAUUAGGUGACGUGUAGAAAGUACAAGUAAAUAUGUAUGUAGGGGCUUUAUGUUUUAUUCCAUUUUUGUACGUAUAAUUUGUAUAUUUACUCUUACGUUUGUGUUGAUGCUAUACAUAACGCUCCUGCCCAUAUUCAAUAAUCAAGUAUUACUAUGGCUCAAAAACCACAAUACCAUUACUAUAUCUAGGUUGAAAAAGCAUUUUUGUCCCACUCAUACCAAAUAAUAUAUUUUUAUACCUUAACUUAUUUAAUGUGUCAUAUUGGAGUAUUUUUUAUUUCGAAUAAAGAUUUUUUGUUCAA